AGUACUACUUUGAAAGCUCAUGGUCUCUUCGUGGAGGUCUCUCGAUACAUGGUUUUAACUACACGUUCAGAGUGUCACAGAAAAUCUGGUCUUUUCUAAAUUGAUGUUACGGGUUGUUGAACAAGUGUACUCAUAAUAAAGUCGCUGUUGAUGAGUGUUGCAUACAACAGGAAACGUUGCCAUGGUAAUGAGAUAAAUUUAGCUGACAGGUGCAACUGUCUAGGGACUUUACACUUCGCAAUCGCCUUCUACAUCUAUAUAACGAGGAGCAUCGUUUGGCGCCCGUCGGCACUGAAAAGAAAACUGGGAUGGAAUGGCUAAGGUGUGUAUGUUAGAAGCAUGCAAUAGUUAAUAGCAGCUGUGGAGGUGUUCAAACAGUGGGCUUCCCACUGAAAAGAUUUUCCGGAAUCGGCUCUGUGGAACGUGUCAACAGUAGUCAAAGAUUGGAGAUGUCCUUAGGCUGAAGAAGCAUUAGAAUUCCUUCCUCUAUGGUCGUACUGACUAUUGUGUCGUGGUUGUUUCUCACUGUAGUGAUGUUGUCAAAUGGUAUAUAAGAUGACAGUGAGAGGACAGCGCACUGAGGAUUCUCCUACCUGCAACUACGAAUGCACAAGCAAAGCAUCUUCCUCACUCCUAAAGCUCUCCACAGAUCUGCCUUGCAUUUGCGAUAGGGGUGCGCAUCCCCGCGACGAUGGACAUCUCACUGGAUGGGGGAGCGUUGCUGGUCCUAAGACGAAACACAGGGGGGUGGGUGCGUCUCGGAUUCCGCGGAAACCAUUUCCCUCUCGGCUGUACGAGGCUACCGCUUCAGACAGCCGAUCCAACGAGUUUGUCUUCAGACAUUACCAGAACGUUGGACUGUACAUGGAACAGUACCGACGGGAUCAUACUGUCAUGGAUACGGGGCGGACCCUGCGGCAGACAGCGGAGGAUAGGGUCAUCUUGAUCACACCAAGUAGGCCUAUAUCGACUCCAGGAUCUGACCAUCUUCGUCUACCAUCGGUUCGAGGUAACCGUUCUAUGGUGUCACCAACUGCAAUCACCAUAAAAGAACACAGAGUCGACAACAGACGCCGGGUGCUUUGUGAAGACACCUCACGAGGAAGCUCACGAGAGACGCACAGUACUGUGUGGCCACAAUGUGACCUGCCGAAACCAAGUAGCUGCACUCCAAUCUUUAAAAGCAAAGGAAACAGGAAACGCCAAGGUCGGCGCAAACUGGGUAACUUGGGGGCUGAGGCUGUCAAAUCCAAACUCAUUGACUCCUACACAGGAGGGACGUUUGUAAACAUAGUUGGUGAGUUACGGGCCGAGGUGGUCGGCAGCCAUCUUAAAAGCACCGGUCGAAAGAGAAGCAACCUCCGAAUGAACUCUUUGGGUAACACAGCCUCCUCUGCUGACAGAGGGAUGAACGCGAGGACGUAUGAAACUUGGGAUCACAUUUGGCAAGAGAAUUUCGACCACUCUGCGGAGCGAACCUCUAUAGGAAGUUUUAACACUAAGGGCAAAGCCAAUACAAAACCAGGCCACCUCCAAAACAAACCACCAAGGCACACUCAAAACAGAUGUGACAUCUGUCCAGAUUUUGCCUUGGAACCAGGAAAAAUGGCUUUGACCAAUUACUACUUGGGUAGCCGUAAUUUUUUCCAAGCAAACUCUGUCGUCGGUAAUAAUAAUCGUCAUGUGGUAACUAAAACUCGUCCACCCAUAAGUUACCAGCGCAGGGCCCCACCCCUCUCAAGGGACACUGUCGUUGUCGGUACGGGUUCACCGUUCAAGACAGAACAAUGUUAUUCGGACAAGUAGAUUUUCAGAGAGUUACAUGUAGUGCAAUUCAUCAUCUUUUUAAACCAUGUUAUCAUCGUUGAUCUGAAACAGGCUUUAGCUUGAGUACUUGCUUCUUGUCGCAUUGUGUGUUACCGUCAUAACAGCAUUCAAACCACUUUGUCACGACACCCCAUUCGGAAAGUAUUGAUCAGUCUGAAGAAUGUUCAGUUGACUGUUCAUUCUUGAAAAACGGACGCUUAAAAUUGUUUUGAUAGACACAAAUCGCAGUUCAUACUACACUCAAUCACGUCGAGUAGAAUGAGAAACCAACACUCUUUAGUACACCGUUUUAGACGAUACGGGUUGACAUUUUUUUUUAAUAAUUCGAUUUGCCGCGCUGAUAUUUUCUGUUUUAUGUUCAGGUUUUCAUUUUAAAUGGCGCACUUCUUUCAUUUCACUUAUACUUUUAAUGUGUCACUCUUGUUUCCUUUUAU